GUUAGAGUUCCAAUGCUGCUGCCAAAGGAGUCUGGUUCUUCUUUUAGUAUAUGAUUUUAGGUCCUUACAAAUUAGAAUUUUAUCGGUGAUUUCAGGUGAUGCUGUAGCAAGUUUAGCAUAGUGAUCUGCAGUUUCAUUGCCUUCAAUACCAAUGUGAGAUGGCAGUCAAAUUAUGGUAACUGUUAUGUUUUGGGAUAAGAUAAUUUGAGAACGAAAAGGAUUUGUGGAUUUAACAUAUUUCGUUUUUUCUUUUGCAUUUCUGGUAUCCAGAAUAAUUGGCGUUUCUAUGUUCGGAGCUUGGUUGUACGAAGAAGCUAAAAAACCCAUGGAAAUAUUAUACAACGUACCAACAGAAUUUUAUUGCACAGAGAUUGGAAGAUUAAUAGAACAGAUCUACAUAAGUCCUAUUGGUAUAACCGGAUUAAGAUUUUUUAUGGUCACUAGAAAUUUUAUGUUACAGAUGGCUGGAACUAUAGUGACACUAGAACUGAUGCUAUUUCAGUUUGCACCAAUAGACUCAACACUUCGAUCUUCCAAUCGAUCUGACUCGUGUAUUUAGUUAUAUCACCCAAUAUUUUGUACAAUCCUGUUUGAGAAG